CCCCCCCCUCCCCCCUCGCCCAACGCAGAUUCCACAAGAGGGUCCGGCUCAGGAGAUCCACAAGCUCACCGCUGCGUGUCCGUGUGCAUCACCGGCGAGGAUGGCGUCAAGCCUCUUCCGGGCCGCGCCUUUGAUGGCCGAUACCUUCACCCAGGCCCAGCCACCCGUGGCCCCUGGGACGGAGCAGUCCGCCAUGCCGGCUCAGUCUGCUCCCCCGGCACACCCCACCAGCAUGCCUCAGACCCCCGGCACCCCGCCUCCAGCUCUUGUGGACCCCUUCUUCUCCGGGCGCGGGCCCACCGGGCAGGAGGCCGAUCUCCUGGGGGAAGGCCUUGUCACCCAUGAGGCCCACGAUGAUGGCGCGGGCGCCUUCGACGAUGGCCGUCUCGAUGCCAGGCCCGAGGAUCUUGGCGCCGACGGGGAUGAUGAUGACGAUGAUGAUGAUGACGAUGACGACGAUGACCUUGCCAUGACUCCGCGGGUGGCAGCCCAGUUCUACCUGCCACAGAUCUAUGGUCUGUUUGCUUCGCUCUUCGCCACCUUUUUCCUUGUCAUCUGGUGGGCGCCCACCAUCUUCCUCAGCGUGCCCUUCAACUAUACUGGUGUCGUCCUUUCCACCGGGACAAAUACCCUCUCCACUGGGUCACAGCUGCUGGUGGCUGUCGCCAGUGCUGCCAUCCUUCUAGUCAUCAUCCUGGUCAACACGGUCAUCCUGCUGGCCCUCUUCUACUAUGGCUACAUCCGGGUCAUCUAUGGCUGGUUGAUCGUCGCCACGGGCCUCAUCCUCUCCUUCAUCGGCGGUAUUGUUUUCUACCGCCUUCUUGAGACUUACAAUCUCCCAGUCGACUGGGUUACCUUCUGCUUCCUGCUGUUCAACUUCUCCGUCGUCGGCUUGCUGGCCGUCUUCGGCAAGCUGACCCUGCGAAUGCAGCAGGUGUAUCUGGUCAUUGUGUCGGCACUGGUGGCUACCAACCUUUCGGGACUGCCCUCCUGGACUGCCUGGGCUGUGCUGAUUGUCGUGUCCAUCUAUGACCUCUUUGCGGUGCUCUGCCCCCAGGGCCCGCUCAACCUCUUGAUCAACCUGUCCCAAACCCGCCAGCAGAGCAUCCCCGCCCUGCUGUACAGUGCCGGCAUGGCUCGUCUCGCAUCCUCAAAUGAUGACAGUGUGCCAAUCCUGGCCUUUACCGCUGGCACCAGCGAUGACAGUGGUGAUGAGCAGCCGGAGGAUGCCGACACCCAGGUUGGCCAAGCCCUGCUCAGCAGUGGCCACCUGGAGUCGGUGCUCCUUGGCGAGGCCAUGCCGUCGGCUGCUUCGGACCUCGAUUCUGCCGCGGUCCCGGCCAUCGACUCGACCACCGGCAACCCGAUCCUGGAUGCUGAGACUGGCCCGAAGGAUGUUUCCGACGAACAGGACGACGGCGACGACGACGACGGCGAAGAUGGGGAUGAGCCCCCCGGCCGGGGGCCGGUCCAGCUGGGCCUCGGUGACUAUAUCUUCUACUCGCUGCUUGUGGCCCGUGGCGCGCUGACGUCCGAUGGCAGCGAUGGCGGCGCAUCGGCCGCCAUCGCGGUCAUCUCCUGCGUCCUGUCCACUCUGGUUGGCUUGGGCCUCACCCUUUCGCUGCUGGCCCUCUUCCGGAAGCCGCUCCCUGCCUUGCCCAUCUCCAUCGGCCUCGGCAUCCUGGCAUACGUCUUCUCCGCCUUCCUGUCGACGCCCAUGGUGGUGGAGAUGACUCGGCAGGUGGUCUUUGUUUAGUGCAUGCAACACCUGUCCUCGCUCCUCCGUGCUCGACUGCCCUCCUUCCCUCUCGACCACACGGCCUUGCUGGUGGGGAGAAGAGAGAGGAAGCCCAAGGGCGAGAGGCACACGCCCUUGAUAUGGAGAAAAAAAAGAAAGAAAGAAACUCCCAACAUCUCAAAUA